AUGGGCAUCAAAGGGAUCUACAAAGAAAUUGGCAGCGGCGAGCGCAUCUCGCUUUGCAAACUGGCCAUCGACCAUCUCGAGCAACACAACCGACCCCUCCGUCUGGCCAUUGACAUGGCCAUAUGGCAAUUCCAAAUCCAAGCAGCGAGAGGUGGCUCUAACCCCGCAAUCCGCACCCUCUUCUACCGCUUCGUGCGCCUUCUCAGCCUAGGCAUCCACCCCAUCUUCGUCUUCGACGGCCCCAACAAGCCGAUCUUCAAGCGCAACAGGCGCUCCGGCACCGGAAACGGCGUAUCAACCGCCAUGGCUAAGCGGCUGAUCCGGCUCUUCGGCUUCACCGCUCACGACGCCCCCGGCGAGGCAGAAGCCGAGUGUGCCUACCUCGAGCAGCAGGGUAUCGUGGAUGCGGUCCUCAGCGAGGACGUCGAUACCAUCAUGUUCGGAUCGCGGGUGACGUUGAGGGAUUGGUCCUCUGAGGGGUCGAAAGGAGGACCCCCGACACAUGUCACGCUGCAUGAUGCGAAGAAGAUUGCGGAGGGACCGAGCGGGCUUGAUAGGGAGGGGAUGGUGCUUGUUGCGCUGAUGAGUGGUGGUGAUUACUUGCCAGAUGGGAUCCCCGGGUGUGGGAUCAAGGUUGCUUGCCAGGCAGCCAAGGCAGGGUUCGGCAAGGAGCUUUGCCGGAUUAAGCGGGCCGAUAAAGAGGCGAUUACUGAAUGGAAGCAGCGGUUGCUGCAUGAAUUAAGGACGAAUGAGAGUGGGUUUUUUAGGACGAAGCACAAGGCGUUGGAAAUACCAGAGAAUUUUCCUAAUAUGGAGGUUCUGAGGUAUUACACGCAUCCUGUGGUGUCGAGCCCGGCGACGAUCGAGAGACUGAGGCAGGAGUUUCCCCCCUCCUCAACUGUCGACAUUGCUGGAUUAAGGGAAUUCACUCGGGAAACAUUUGACUGGACCUUCCGGCCGGGCGCGAUCAAACUGAUCAAAGUCCUUGCCCCCGGCUUGCUGGUCCAGCGCUGUCUCGAUCGGUACGUCUCUGGACCGCGAAUCGACGAUCCUGACCUUAAGAAGAAGGAGGAGUCGACGUUGGUCAAGGGGAUUUCUAUGAGACGGGAGCAUUUUAGCACCGACGCCACGCCCGAGCUGCGCGUCUCGUUCAUACCCGCCGAACUCGUCGGCCUCGACCCGGGUCAGGAGCCCGAGGUGCAGGUUGAGGCGUUCGGCCGGAGUGGGCUCGCGCUGAAUAGUGAUGACGAGUUUGAUGAAGAUAUCUCGUCGAGUCAAAAAGCCCCGAAAAAGCCCUUUGAUCCAUGGCAACCUGAUUUAGCUUGGGUUCCUGAAACGAUCCUCAAGCUCGGCGUGCCUGUCACUGUGGAGGAUUGGGAAGAGGGACAACGAAGUAAAGGACGAGCCAAGGAAGACAAAACUGCAGCCAAAGCGAAGCGCAAGACCAAGAUAAUUCAGUCCAACAUGCCUGCCGGAGCAUUGGACAAGUAUGUCACGGUUACGAAGAACAUCAGCGACACCACCGUUAAAUCCAAAGAAUCUGCCCCCAUCACCAUCCCCAGCUCACCUCCGAAACCCAGCAGCCAACCCGCGCCGCCAACACUCACAAGAAGUAAGCAGGCCAAGAAGCCCAGCACAAAAUUGUCCAAGCAACCCACCACCCGGCCGUCCCUCGAUAUCAAUCCGUGGACAAUAGCAAGCUCACAGUGCAGUCCACCUAGGGCCGGCCCUUCUUCCACUCUCACUGCCGAUCUCCUUUCUACUCCAACCAACGACCCUCCGCGUUCUCCAGCUGUAUCACACGUGGCUAAAACAAUGCCUGGAGGUUCGACUACUUCCAGUGACAUUCUUCCAAGCCAUACCGCCGCCGCCGCUCGCGAUGUUGAACCCAUUCUUAUCGAAUCCAGUCCCGUCGUUCCUCCCCCCGGUACGACUGCGUCAUCUACGAUGGCUAACUCUUCUCACCCGCGUCAGGGUACGCUUGUCCGCGGCGGUGUGAGGGGUUAUGGGCAGAAGACGCCGCCGAAGAGGCAGAAACGGAGGGUUGGGCAGAGGGCGUUGGAGGAGGCGGAGGAUUCGCCUGCUUUGCCGACGGAUGAGGCCAAACCGAGUGAAGUUCAUGCUGAGUCUCAGCUGGUUAGGAAGGAUAGGACGUUCAAGAGGGUUAAGAGCGGUACCGAGGACGACUUGAGUUCGAAUACUGCAAGUACGACGACUCAGGCCGUUAAACAGACAACUGCCCCCUCAUCAACGUCAACCCAGACGUCGAUCAAAUCCUUUGGGAGGGUAUCCAAAGAGCCGAUCAAAAUAUCCUCAGAAAAAGUGGCGGCCAUCGAGACAAUCGUCCUUUCAGAUUCCGACUCAGACUCUGAUGAUGACGAUGACUUACCCCUUCUCUUCCCCACCAAGAAAGCUCCACCCUUCCUUCGCAGCGAGCAAAACCCAUCCUCGUCUUCAACUGGAUCUCGCUCCGCGUCGUCAUCUACCUUUGUCCCAGCCUCUAAGUCGUCAACCUUAGUACCAGACGACGACAACCACGACGAAGCCGACCCCUUCGGCCCUAUUCGUCCCCCUUCCGGAGACAAUGGGACCCAGCCCAUCAGAAGCGCAUCCGAAAUUCCCCAAGAGCCUGGUGAUGAUGAUACUAAGGCAGAGAAGAAGGUGCUUGGGCGAGGGGUGUGGGGAUGGAAUGCUAGGGAAUGGGGGAAGGAAAGGAGGAUGUGGAGAGUGAGUGAGAUUGAGGUUGUUGAUUUGACGGGGGAAGAUUAA